AUGGGAAAUAGUGAUGACGAAAGCGUAGCGUUCCGGACCAAUGCAUUAGACGUGGUGGGGUCAUGGCUUUUAGGUGACAGUGAAGACUCCUCGCAAGCUAGUCAGCAGCAGCACCGUCCUGUUAUCCUUUACCGCCCAUCAUCGGUCUCAUCUGGUAAAAGUAUGUCCAGCCUGACGCGCCCUAAAGCUGUUAGCACCGCAGCCAAUUUAACGGAGCAGGAGCGUAAAAUGAAAAGCAAGAUACUGCGGAAUCCGUGCGCUAGGCGCGAAGAGGAUGCUGUCAGGUCGGAGAAGGAAGCGCAAGUGCAACUCGAGGAUGCGCAAGAUGAAGAGGAGCAAGAACUUUUGCGUUCUAGAAACCUAAGUAGCAAGCUCGACAUGAAGCGCAAAAGAACGACACAAGAAGAGCUUCUAGACACGCUGCGUGAAGAGGCGUUGUUAUACGUUGUCGAAACCAAACGGGGUGGGGACCAAAAGGUUCGCCCUCAAGCGCGCCGUGCAAUAGGUAAGAUCCAAAUUUGA